AUGGAAGACAGCUCCGCGGAGAAGUCGCAAGAGAUGGACGCCACGCCCACCCUGACAGGGUCUCGAGGGAAAGCUUCGACCAGAACCCAAGGUACAAAAUCGGAUAAUGGCCCGGCUUCUAAACGACGUUGUGUCAGUACGGCAUGUAUUGCAUGCCGCAGGAGGAAAUCCAAGUGCGAUGGAAACCUACCGAGUUGCGCAGCCUGUUCCUCUGUCUAUCAUACAGCCUGCGUCUACGAUCCGAAUUCCGACCAUCGCAGGAAAGGUGUAUAUAAGAAGGACACCGACGCGCUGAGAACGAAGAACACAACCCUGUUGACGUUGAUACAAGCCUUACUGAAUUACGAAGAGGAGGAUGCAUUCGAUCUGGUUCGCCAGAUCCGGUCCUGCGAUAAUCUCGAAGAUGUUGCACAAUCGAUCCUCGGCCAAGGGAGAGGUUCCACGGCGGGCCCCGAGGACACAGCAGCUAGCGGGGAUGAAGCCCUAACGCAGGCUGAUCAGUUCGAGUCGGAGUUAGCAGGGAAGAUGAGUGAGCUUGUUUUGGACGGCUCCCGCAAGUUCAUUGGGGGCACGUCGAAUCUCAUUUUUUUGCCUCCCGGGUCGGAGCUGAACGAAUUUAGACCAUCUCUAGGUGCCCAGGAACUGGACCAGGGCCACGGUGAUUAUUCCGUCACACAGUGGACUCGUGUUACCCAGGAUGAGAGACUGAUCAGUCAUCUCAUGACAAUGUACUUUACCUGGCAUUAUCCGUUCUUCACGACUCUCUCCAAGGAUUUAUUCUAUCGGGACUAUAUACGUGGCGUGCCCAGCCAGUACUGUUCGACUUUGCUCGUCAAUGCAAUGCUAGCGCUCGGUUGUCAUUUCAGCUCCUGGGAAGGCGCUCGGGAAGAUCCAGAGAAUUCUGCCACAGCGGGCGAUCAUUUCUUCAAAGAGGCCAAGAGGUUAUUCUUCGAGAACGAUGAACAUGCGAAUGCAAAGCUAUGCACCGUACAAGCGCUGGCUCUGCUGUCGGUGCGUGAGGCGGGUUGUGGCCGCGAAAGCAAGGGCUGGGUCUACAGUGGGAUGAGCUUCCGGAUGGCCUUCGACUUGGGCCUCAACUUUGACUCCACCAGUCUCGGGGCGCGGGAUCUGGGCGAGGAAGAAGUGGAUGCACGCCGGAUAACAUUCUGGGGUUGCUUUUUGUUCGAUAAGUGCUGGUCUAAUUACCUUGGUCGACAGCCCCAAUUGAUGGGAUCUAGCAUUAGCGUGCCGAAAGUGGAUAUAUUGCCUAACGAGGAAGCUGAACUAUGGUCCCCAUACAUGGACACCGGAGUAGGUCGUGAGCACACUCAGCCGUCGCGAAUUCGAGCUGUUGCUUCUCAGAUCUUCCGGCUGUGCGAGAUCAAUGGUGAUCUGCUUGUGUUCUUUUAUGACCCGACUCCGAAGGAGAAACCUUCCACUAAGCAGGCGGAACUCAAGAAACUCAGCGAUCUUCACACCCGGCUCGAAGCCUGGAAGAAGGAUCUACCAAAGGAACUCAGACCACAAGAGGGGCAGCUCCCUCAGGCACUUUUGAUGCACUGUUUCACUGACAGACCGAAACUCCUCCUCAUACACCUUUAUCGACCAUUCCUCAAAUACACCAAAGUCAAUUCGCCGCUUCCUCAACAUGUGUCUCCCCGGAAACUGUGCACGCAGGCUGCUUCGGCAAUCUCGAAGUUGCUGAGGAUGUACAAACGGACCUACGGGUUCAAGCAAAUCUGCAACGUUGCAGUCUAUAUGGCCCAUACCGCGUUGACUGUGCAUCUGCUCAACCUUCCAGAGAAGAAUGCUCAGCGAGAUGUCAUCCAUGGUCUACGGCAUCUCGAAGAGAUGGGUGAGAGCUGGCUCUGCGCACGGCGCACCCUUAGGAUUCUAGAGAUUUCUGCCAACAAGUGGCAUGUCGAACUGCCAGCAGAGGCAACAGCCACUUUUGAACAAACACAUGCCAAAUGGGGAUCCUGGGGAUCCUGGGAUCAAGCGAUAUCCCCUCCGCCUUCUGAGGAGUCACCGCCAGCUCCAACCAUGCAUCACUCGGUUGCGGAUCCGAACAGUGUGCUUUAUCCACAGACUGGGAGACUGAKGGUU